AUGGUGUCGGCCUUGCAACUUCGUGAUGGACUAAGGCAUGGUCACACAACGUACGUUGCGGCUUUGAUUGAGACCAAACCAGACGUAUUUUAUGAGGUACCGGAUACUGUCGGUAAAGUGCUUGAUGAAUUCAAGGAUACGAUGCCCCCUGAGUUGCCUAAGGAGUUGCCUCCGCGUAGACCUUGUGACCAUCGGAUUGAACUGGAACCGGGCGCUCAGCCUCCUGCACAACCUCCUUAUCGGAUGCCACCAGUCGAGCUGGCCGAAUUGAGGAAGCAGUUGAAUGAACUACUGAGUGCGGGAUUGAUUCAGCCUUCAAAGGCACCUUACGGUUCUCCAGACAAACAUCCUAUUGCUUUUGAGAGUCAGAAAUUGAAGGAUGCUGAGACCCGAUACAGUACCCAUGAGAAGGAAAUGACGGCAGUAAUUCAUUGCUUGGAAAUGUAG